UGAAAAAGACUGCGCAAAUAUAAGGCGACCCUGGCAAUAAUCUACAGAAACUAGGAAAAAACUACACACAUCUGCAGGUCAAUAAAAUCUGCGCACGGACAAGUAAACUUAUUUUUAUUUAGAAUCAACAGCAAUGCUUAAAAAAAACUUCUAGAUUAUGUUCUUUCUCCGCUUAACCUCCCAUGAGCGCUGGUUCGAUUCAAAUGAUGUGUUAUUGUGUGUCAUUCCAAGAGAAUCGGAGGUGAACUCUUAUGGAUGUAGGGUAGGGAACAUGUUCUAAGCAGCUUUAGGAACCGCCUGUGUAUUCAGACGAAAUACUCGAAAUGUAUUGGGUGAAACUCGAACAGUAGUAUAUCAAUCUGUUCUCUAUCGUUUUCUCUAUCAGAACUUGUUUUCAUAUUGUUAAACUGAGUUAGCAAACUUUAAUAAUCAUCAAUCAAAGUUACCAAUCGAGGGACACUAUUCCAAUCACCCCGAACCUAUUUAAAGCAAUUUCCAUCUGUUUUGCAGACGUUUUUUUUUCAGCACACGAAGUGGCUCCUGAAUGGCUGCAAUAUAGGUCGAUUUAUUUCAAUUGCAAUUGUUCACAGAUUUCUUUGUGAUUAACGGUAUUUCUUAUAUUCGUAAGACAGCUAGACAAUCAAAGUUUUCGUUUCCAUCAUUGAAAUUGUCGAUAUUGAUCAAAAUGCAGGAGUUAGAGGCCUGUUUUCUUCGACUGAUUAAAAUAGGCGCUACUGCUUAAGCUGUUCCCUACCCUAGUUGUGAUAUUGGCGCUUCCAAAAAAAUAACAUUGAAGCAAAGUUUCAGAUUGGAAUGGUCUGUUUAAAUUUUCUUGCUGUAAAUUUAACUUUUGAUUGAAUCUCAUUUUUGAUAUCGAAAAGAACUUUUUCUCGUUUUGUGGGGGCCCCAAAAAUGGGGGGGGCCCUGGGCCCCCCCUUAAAUCCGGCUCUGCAUUUAUCCGUUAUGAUACCUCCAUCUUUAACCCGACAUUUCAGCUCUCGGCACAAAGCUGGGUCUGCUGUCUUCGUUUCUGUUUGUACCGAUUCACAUUAUUACGGGUCCUUCGCUGCAGUAUUGUUGCCCGCGCUGCAUUCUUCUCGUCUAGAAUCGCUUGGCACUCCUCGUCGAACACAGCACCUUCCGCUGUAUUGUUAAUGGCUGCUUCAACAGUACUCCAGCAGUAAGCUCUCCCUCAUCCGGCCACGCUUAAGGCUUUGCCGGAAUUCAGUAGCGACUUCGGGGAUAUCCUAUUAUAUCGUGGCUGGCGACGGUAGCGGAUGAUGUUGACAACCGAAAGUCUUUGGCGCAUUUUGACCAUCAAUCAGCAUCGACGUUUGCGCCACUGUAGGUUCGAACGUCGAUAAUAUCCGAGGAGUACCUCCAAAAUGUGUUUUGCAAGGAUAUUCUUCGGAAGUAAUUGAAACCAUAAUGUAUUAGAAUCAAUUUGCCCCUUUGGCUGAAGUAUUUUACUCCCUGAUUUCCGGCUUCAGCCUUCAGUCUAGUGUACUUCUCCAGAUCUUAUCAAAGCUACGAUGUCAAUACCAUCGGCAAAGCAAAAAAGCUGAACAGAUCGGAAGGUUGUGAUUGGAAGGUGUGAACUCUCUUGCAAAUGGUGAUAGUCGACGGCAUAGCAUUUGGAAGAGUACUUUGUAGGAUGCGCCCAGCAGCGUGAUUGAGCGGUAGUUGUAGUAACGCGUGUCGUCCUUUUUGUAGAUGGGGCACAUUUACCAUUCACCCCAUGCACAUGUUGACUUGUGGCACGUAGCCUUUGCUGGAACUGUUCAGCUGCUCGUAAAACUUUUGUGUGUCAUUUGCACGGUACAGUUCCUGUAUCGCUUUUUUUGUAUGAUAUGGACCACUGCGACCAUUAUUUUGAUCUUUUGUGGUAAGUCUCCUGUAUCGCUUCACGAACUCGAUCUUUUUGUUUUGUAAGAUUUAGACCACUGCGACCACUUUUUUGAUCUUUUGUGGAACUCGAUCUUCCCGCUGACGCUUCUUUUUCCAGAAGACAGAGUUUUGUCUGUUUGGUGCGCGUCGAACUUCAUGUUCGGCCUCGUGCAGCAUUCUCCUCUUACACUAAGUGUUAACACUCAUCGUCGAAUCAGUUAUUUCUCCUGUCCGGAGCCAUCGUACCCAGUGCCGCUGCAGCAGUACUUCCUAUGAUAGGUCGAGUGCACCUCAAACCAGUUUCAAGAGUACCUGCGCGAAACUGCUCUUCCGUUGGUAGUGUUGCUUCCGGCUACUGCGUGUAUUCCUGUACAACUUCGACGUCUCAUGGUUGCUCGAUAUUUGCUCGCGAUGCACUGUCGGGAGUUUUGAGCGCAUGCAUACUACAACGAGGGGACGGUUCGAAUCUAUAUUCGCAUUGCUAUAAGAAUUUACUGGCGAUUAGAACCUGGUCGAUUUGGUUCUCCACUUGUAAGUCACGUGAUCUCCAGGUGGUUUCUUCGAUGUUUUUAAGGGGUAAAGAAAGUACUUCUGACUACCAUACCGGUCAUCAGUCUGUAGAUUACCUCAAACGCCAAUGAUCGCUCCGCACCUUCUCACUUAGUUAUUGUCGGAUGACAACAUUAACCAGGCAACGCCUAUUAGCUGUGUCCAUGUUUCAGUUGGCAGUCUAUUGAUGUCAACUCACGACAUCGACACCCGAAAAGGCGACUUUGUACUUGGGACCUUGAGUUACAAUUACUUUCUUUCUUGUGAAAUGGGAAGCAUGAUUCCAAAGAUGUUUCACCUCAGAAAUUCAUGUUGUUGAUUUUAACAGCAGCAAUAAAAUUUACAAUCUCAUUAUAAAAGGUGAAAUUUAUUGUGACGCGAGGAAUAUUUUUCCUAUCAAGUUGAAAUUUUUUUUGUCGUUUAUAUUUUCAAUAUAAAUGUUAUACACUACUAAAAUAUUUUAGUGUUUGGCAUGGGCUUAUAAAUUGAAGAGAGAGAAAUUUUGUUGGGACACGUAGAAGAACAAUUUAAUACAUCAGUUGAUUGUAAAAACCUGGGAGCUGUUAGUACUUCUAAUUCUAAAGAAUAACUUUGGAACACCACUUGCACCUAAGAAUCACCGAAAUUGAGCGGUUGUGUAGAACAGACGACCAAAAUGUCAUGGUUUAUUCAGAGUUAACGUAAUACCCACCACAGACCCAAGGUUCAAGUCUACGAUAAAGAUUUAUUACAUUUUUAAAAAGCUCCAGUUGUAUUCUACCUAUAUACCAGUUGUCUAGUGUGUAGGAUUAAUUUCGGUGUACUUUUCUAUUAUGGAAUUAGCGCCAGUAAAAUGUUAAUAUUGAUAAUAAAUCAUAACUGGAACGAACUAGAAACGUGAUUGCAUGUGUAUGACAGUUACAAGAGGCGGUAAUUCUCCAUUAAACUCAAGCAUGAAGUUUGGUCUCUAACUAUCAUGGUCUGAUUACUCCACUUGGCUAUUGCUAUGUGCUGCGAAUUCAGUGUCCUAUUAAAAUAUUCAUUUCCAUACUGCUCCAAAACGUCAUUCGGCCUAAGUAAGGCGUGGAACAGGGAGAAAAAUAAUUAUGCUGCAGUGCAGCGCAGACAACGAGCGUAGGAAUAAGUGGUAUAUUUGCAGAAUGUGUUGGCGCAAAGGGCUUCGAAUAAACAACAGCAAAUGAUAUUUUCCAAUUAAACACAGUGGAAGCGGAUUCGACAGAAUGAGUUUAAAUCUGAAAAUCAUUAGGAAUAUUAGACUACCUUCAUUACAACAUUUUUUUGCGAUUAUCCUAUCUUCUGUAUGCGUGUUUGCAAUCGAAACUCCCGAACCCUCGUCCUUGCUGAGACCUCGUGAUAUCAACCCACAUCCGUAUGAAAAUGCCUACGACGGAGUCAGUAUUUACGAUAAAAACGUUAUUAUCAAUGGCGAGAAGUUUAUGGAAAAUUUGUUCGACCAAGGUCCCAUCCAAUUCCCACGACUGCUGAAUAGUGAAGCGAUGAAUGCAUUAUCUCAUCCAUACGAGAAGUUUGCAUUGAAAGAGCGCUUGGCAAAAACAGAGCGCUAUUCCGGUGCAGACAACUUGAUCGUGAAACCAGCGUACAAGGCGCUGGCCAAGCAUGCUGCACGGGUUUUGAACCGUCAGAUAGCGGAGACAUACGAGGACAACGAAAUCGAUAAUUACAAUGAAGCAACCAACCAAAAAAAGCAUUAUAUCUUUUCGUACUCCGUGAAGGAUGCAGCUUCUGGAGAUGAUUUUUCCCACACGCAACAACAACACGUGGACGGUGCAGUCAAAGGAAGUUACAAAGUACAACUUCCCGAUGGCCGAAUGCAGAUUGUAAAAUACAUAGCCGAUAACAAUGGCUACCGAGCAGAUGUAACAUAUGAAAACGAACACAGCUCUAACACUAUUAAUCACGUAACUGCAAUACCAACGGUAGUGCAGGUUCCGGUAACGGCAGCUCCAGUGGUGUCACCUCUGGUAUCAGCUCAACCGAUUUACAAUUAUUACAAAAAUCUGCAGCGACAGCGCCAACGAUUCGUUCAACAACCUAGUCAUCAAGUUCAACAACCUCAACGGGCGGCCAUUUACUACGCUCAAGCAACUCCAACGCAAAUUCCGGCUCCAUACUAUCCGUCCCAACUACGAGUGAGCGAUGUUAAAAUCCAUAGUUACAACACAGCACCACAUGCCAACUCACUCAUUCAAUCAACCGGUGUCGCCCCAUCAACGGGUACAUACAUCAGUUAUCAACCAUCUGCUAAUCUGGCAUACGUUUCGUCAACUGCCGAUCCUGGCCAAAUACAAUCUAACACGCUUGGCCGAGCCGGACUAAUCCCGGUGGUCGUCACAACAGCACGGCCUGCUCACGGGGUACCACUGUAUCGAGAUAUCAAUAUAACACCACCCAGUGUGCAUCCAACGGCGCGGAGGACCUCAAUAUACGCGCGAAAUCGAGCAGGACCUGCACAAGCAGUUUUCACCCAAGUUGCUCCCGUUCAGAACAGUCAGUCAGGCUUUGAUUACGAAUAUGUGCAAAUUCCUAGCAGCAACCAUGUUUAUAAACGAAAUACGGAUAAGGAUGGAGAAGUUGUGACCGAUGUAUCACAGUCGCCCAAAAAACCGAGUACUUAGCAGGGAAAAAACAAAACCUCUUUGAAUAGCAAAAUUUGAUAGUAACUAAUAUCGGUAAUUAAGAUCGGUAUGCUGCGAAGUACCGACACAUUCACAUUUGCCAUUCUAAUUGUUGUAAAUAGCGUUUUUGGAAAGAAAUUGAAUAAAAAAACAGAUUAAAUUUAGUUGAAUAAAUAUUUUUGCCAUCAUUGUACCCGGGUAUUGCUUGCCUCCACACUUUGAAGUUUUUGCAAGUUGCAAUUGAAACAGGUAGAAGUGAUGUUAAAUACAGAAGUUUGAGCAAAUAAAUUAUGAUCUAUAGAUCUAGAAAAUCUAUAACGAGCGUCUUAGCAGAGUGAUUGAGAUCAAUCAAAGAAAUAGUUAUCGGUUUCCGUUAUACUCUACUAAAUUUUUUGGAAAUAAAUAUUGAAAUUCAGUCCGCAAAUAUAUAUUCCGA